AUGUCAAAUGACGUCGGCGAAGAGUAUGAUGAAACAUUUCAAUCAACAUCAAAGAAAAUUGACUUGACGAAAGCUUUCGGAUUUGAUGGAUUCCAAGAAACGGCGACCGUCAAUGAUUUCACAAAUGAAGAACUCAUCCGUCUUUUGGCAUUCAUGGAAGGCGAAUUGGAGGCUCGCGAGGAUGCGAUUGAAUCACUCAAGAGAGAACGCACUAAAAUCCUGCUCGCCGAAGCGAAAUACGGCAAAAUUAGUCUGAAUGAUCCGUUUUCGGCGUUAAGACGUGACUCAGCUAUUAACAAUGAGAUGUUCAAUGAAGAUCAGAUUGUCGAAAUGUAUGAAUCGCAAGUUGAGCAACUUGAAAAACUCAUCAAAGUGCAGAAAAAGUCACAAAAGCAAGCUGCAAUGUUAUUAGCGUCACUCGAUAAAAAACACUAUAAAUUAGUGAAAAAGCUUGAAGCAGACCGAAAAGCGCAGAUUGAGUAUGCCAAACAAGGAGACGAUGUUGUCGCUAUGCUUGAAAAAGAGAGGAGUAACCUAAAUCAAAAGAUUGAGUUUCACAUUGAAGAAGCUCGUAAAUUCCAAGAAGAACGGGAUAAAAUGGAAAUGAAAAUGGUUUCCGAGAAGAAACGGCACGAAGCUAUCGUACUUUAUUUGAUACAGGAGCGAAAACAGCUUUUGCUCAAAAUGCACGAAUUACGUGUGAAUGCCGAACAAUUGCUUCAGCAGCAACAACAACAACAACAGCCUGGAUCAUCAACGGCUUCGAUUUCGGAUCGAGAGCUCAUCGAAGAACUAAAGAAGGAAGUCACGUUUCUUCGCGGAGAACGAGAAUCGCUCAUGAAAACCCAAAAAAUGCUCAAAACUGAAAAUUUGAGCCUAAAAGAAACUGUUCGUGGUCAAGAGUCGGACUUAACGGCAUUACGGAAAAAUCUGCUGUCGUCCUCAAAAAUCCCUGAAAAACCGACAACACUGUUGCCACAGCUCACACCAGAUGUUGGCGGGUCUCUGAUAGUGGCCAAUCGCGGAGCAACGAUUUCAAAUGUAAGGCCGUCAUCUGGUACAGCUCCAUCGAGGUUGUCUACAUCGAGUUCGUUUCCGAUGGAGAAAAGCAAACUUCCACGAGGACCGCAUCCACCGAAUGUUGCGUCGACGUCACAUUCUGCUACAGUGCCAAGAAACUCGGUUACUAGCACAAGGACUGGUGUUAAUAGUUCGCCGAUUAAAAAGACUCCGGUUAUGGGUGUUUCAUCGUCGAAUGUUCGACGUCCCGCAACUUCCUCUCCUUCCACUCCCCUCACACCUGAGCUGGAACAACUUGAAGCUGCAAUACAAUCUAUGAAUGUUGGUCCCACAAAUCAGUCAUCAAUGGUUAAAAGAAGUUCAAGCAUGCCGCGCGAGCAUAAAGCACCGGUUAAAAAAGCAACCGGAUCAGUUCGAAGUAUGAAUGUGUCGACAACGGGAAGUAUCACGACUCGGAUAGCGAGCCCGUCGACAACGAUAGCGGCGACAACUAAACUUUCGGGCACCGUCAAACGGAACGGGAUCCUCGCCAAAGCAUUCGGCUCAUCUGACAAACAUUGA